GAUUGUGUGGUUCUGAUGGAGCUCCCUUUGAGCAAGAGGAACUCGCCAGCGCUGAGAUUAGCGGAUUUGGCAACGGCUCAAGCCAAGCCUCUUCAGAAUAUGACAGGCUUCCCGGCGCUGGCCAGCCCGCCUGCCCACUCCCAACUUCGCGCCUUAACCACGCACCUCUGCCCUCGGGACCUAGGCGCUGACCCCGGCGUGGCCAACACUCCACUGGGACCCGAGCACAUGGCCCAGGCCAGCGCACUCCGACUCAGCCCUCCCUCCCAGGCGCUCCGGGCACAGCCUGAGGGUCCCGCGGUCACCAACCGCUCAGCAGCUGCCGCUGCGCACCCCGGAGCCUGCACCUAUUCUGGUGGCGGGGGCAGCAGCAGUGUGCUGCCCUCCGCGCCACCGCCCCCAGCCCCUCCUCUUCCUCCCUCCCCUUCACCCCCUUCCCCUCCCCCUCCUCCUCCUCCUGCCCUCUCGGGCUACACCACCACCAACAGUGGCGGCGGCGGCAGCAGCGGCAAAGGCCACAGCAGGGACUUCGUCCUCCGGAGGGACCUUUCCGCCACGGCCCCCGCGGCGCCCACGCACGGGGCUCCGCUCGGAGGGGAGCAGCGGUCCGGCAUCGGCUCCCCCCAGCACCCGACCCCGUCUCCCCACUCGGCCGGCAUGUUCAUCUCUGCCAGCGGCACCUACGCGGGCCCGGACGGCAGCGGCGGCGGGGGUCCCGCGCUCUUUCCUGCGCUGCACGACGUGCCGGGAGCGCCUGGCAGCCACCAGCACCCGCUCAACGGCCAAAUGCGCCUGGGGUUGGCGGCAGCGGCCGCAGCCGCCGCAGCAGAAUUGUACGGCCGCGCGGAACCACCCUUUGCGCCGCGUUCUGGCGAAGCGCACUACGGGGCGGUGGCGGCCGCUGCAGCAGCUGCCCUACACGGCUACGGAGCUGUGAACUUAAACCUGAAUCUGGCGGCGGCCGCGGCUGCAGCCGCGGCGGCCGGGCCGGGACCCCACCUGCAGCACCACGCGCCGCCCCCGGCGCCGCCGCCGCCGCCGGCUCCAGCGCAGCAUCCGCACCAGCACCACCCCCACCUUCCUGGAGCUGCUGGGGCCUUCCUGCGCUACAUGCGGCAGCCAAUCAAGCAGGAGCUCAUCUGCAAGUGGAUCGACCCGGAGGAGCUGGCCCGGCAGCCGCAGCCGCAGCCACCACCGCCCCCGGCCGGCGGCUCCAAGCCCUGCUCCAAAACUUUCGGCACCAUGCACGAGCUAGUGAACCACGUCACUGUGGAGCACGUGGGCGGCCCGGAACAGAGCAGCCACGUCUGCUUCUGGGAGGACUGUCCGCGCGAGGGCAAGCCCUUCAAGGCCAAAUACAAGCUGAUCAACCACAUCCGCGUGCAUACGGGCGAGAAGCCCUUUCCCUGUCCCUUCCCGGGCUGCGGCAAGGUCUUCGCGCGCUCCGAGAACCUCAAGAUCCACAAGCGCACUCAUACAGGAGAAAAGCCUUUCAAAUGUGAAUUUGAUGGCUGUGACAGGAAGUUUGCCAAUAGCAGUGAUAGAAAGAAACAUUCUCAUGUCCACACCAGUGACAAGCCAUAUUACUGCAAGAUUCGUGGCUGUGACAAAUCUUAUACUCACCCAAGCUCUCUGAGGAAGCACAUGAAGAUUCAUUGCAAGUCCCCACCACCUUCUCCAGGAGCCCUUGGUUAUUCAUCAACGGGGACUCCAGUGGGUGCUCCCUUGUCCCCGGUGCUGGACCCAAGCAGGAAUCACUCUAGCACUCUAUCCCCUCAGGUGACCAACCUCAAUGAGUGGUAUGUUUGCCAGGCCAGUGGAGCCCCCAGCCACCUCCAUACACCUUCUAGCAACGGAACCUCUUCUGAGUCUGAAGAUGAGGAGAUGUAUGGGAACUCUGAAGUAGUGCGGACGAUACAUUAGAAUUUAUUCAUAAUAAUAACAAGUCAAAUAAUAAGUGGGAGUCCUUGGACCAUAUCCUAACGUGAGACAAUGCCGAGCCUGAGAAAAUCCAUGACUCAGACUUGCCACCGAGUCUAAUUAGCCUUAUUUAUUUAGUAUGAAACCCCAUGGUGUUUUUACAUUUAGUUAAUUUAAUUAAGAUAUUUGGGCUUUUUUCCCCCUAAAAAACAAAGAAACAAAACUAACCAAGCUGGACUUACACAUUGCAGAGGGACAGGGCUGGGAGCACAAUGUACCAAGAAAAAUAAAUGGAGAAAUCAAUUAAUUGAGAGAUACACUGCCAAUGCAAUAUAUGUAUUUUUUCAAAGGUGAGAGACAGAACACUCAACACAGUAACAAGGCCCUCUGCAUUUCCUAGAGUGCCUUGCAAAUGCCUUUGACACCAUAAUCUGGGCUUCUUUGGAGCCUCUUAGUUGCCUCCUUGGGUCCUAAUUCUGCGAAGUCCUCUUGAUUGUAAACCAUACACUUGCUGCAUUGCCAACAGAUCAUGGGCUGUACCUGUGUUCAAAAAUAUUUGUCAUUUCAUUUCCACUUUUAUUACUGAUAAUAUCUAAACAGUAUUUUUAUACAGGAUUAUUUAGUACCCUGCUUGUAUGAUUUAAAGAAAAAGAUGCAGCAACCUUAAUACAUCUCCAUUGUGCUACUGUGAUGGUUCAAACAAAAGUGGAGAUAAGAAAAAGCUGCUGCAAUAGACAAAUGUGAAACUGGUAUUUUAUAAAAUAGAAGAAAUUCAAGUGCUUGUCUUUUCCUGUUUUUUUCUUUUAUCUGAAAUCACAGGUGCUGCCUCUUUACUAUGCUCAAACUUCUUGUGUAAUAAAGACAUUAUAGUUUAGGUCAUAAGUUCUUUGGGAUACUAAAAUUAAUAGGCAAGUCUAAGGAGAAGUGAUGUUGGCAAUAUGCCUAUUUUUUUUGAAAACUUGUUUUAAAUACAGGCCAAUCCCUCUUUUAUACUCUUAUAUCAGCCUUUUAAAAAGCCUUUAUUUUUUGAUGACUGAAAGUACAUUUUAACACAAUUUCUUUCCCCUGAGCACUGAACACACCAAACUCUAUCCCAUUUGAAAAUUAUAGUGUGUGAAGUAUAUGAUUUACAUUUAGGAAAUUGCUAUACAUAGUUUAAUUUUUUAAAUGUUUGUAGUUACCACCAAACAUUGAUGAAUGUUUGACCUUUGCCAGAACUGUCAAGCUAGGAAAAAAAAAGGUCAAGCACCUAGGACAAUAACUCUUAAUCCAUUUAUUUUCAGGUGGUACAGCACAUCUCUUGUGCAAAUGUAGUCUAUCAUAAACAUACAAAUAUACUAAAGAGCACUAAUUUAUACUCAAAGACCCUGAAGACAUCCCCUCCCCAGGGUUUGUAGUAACCUGUUUCGUGUACUGUGAGUGGUUGAUGUAGUCUUAUCAUUGUUAAUGACUUGUAUGUGAAACUAUUUGUACAGUUGAAUUAAUUUAUUUUCAGACAUCCUUUUUUUUUCUUUCCUGGAAGAGUUCAAAGCACACCAAAGAAUUAUAUUGUACAUUUUGGUGAAAGAUUGUUUAUGACCCAUGGUUUAUUUAAAAAAAGGAGAGAAAAUGGAAAAAUAUAUUUUUAAACGUACUUGAAUGAACAACGUAAUGUGAAAACCGGGACUCUUCCUGCAUGUCUGUUUUGCAUUGUGUUGAAAUUAUAUAUAGUUUAUAGAUAUAUUACUAGUACAGUGCAUGGUGCUGUCACUUUGAAAGCCUUUCAAUGUCUUCAAAUUGUUGUGAAUAUGAA